CAAACGUCAUAAUAAAUGAAGAUAACCUCAAAGUAAGAUUCCAAAAUGUUAAUUUCAUUGAGAAACGAUCACAAAGAUCAUUUGAAGAUAUUAACUCUUCAACCUCUUCAAGUACUAGUAGAUUUUUGCAAACUUGCCAUCGACUUCAUUCACAAUGGACCAAACAACAAAAGGUACACCGUAGCUGCCCAGAAGUUAGAAGUUGAAAUUGAAACAAUAAGGAAUUGUAUCUAUGGAUUAGUCAAUCUCUUGCAACUUAGCUGCAAGCAUAAGCUGAGUGAGGCAGACUUCCGUGACUCGAUUUUAACCUUAGGAUUUUCCCAUGAACAGCAAUCUAUUUUGAGUCAACUGUACGAAUCCAAACAGGAAGAAAUUCAAGAACUGCUGAGUGUACCAGUAUGCGAACCACAUUAUGAAAAUCUUAAAUGGCGAUUUGAGGCACAGGUUUCAUCGAGAGCCCUUUUACAACAAGCAAUACCUAUAGUAGCUAUGGAACUUGAACUGAAAACUGAGAGAGACGAUAAAAGUGGAAGCAAAAAGGAAAAAAUUUUGUUACAAUCAGAUCCAAAUAAUUUAAUGCAUAUUGCCAACGAAUUGGAAAAAGCCUUGCUAGAAUCGAAGAGCAGAUAUUCUAGGAAAAUCCAGAGAACAUUGAAGAAUUAAUUUAAAUUUGGACUUGCUAAAACUUUCUUCCGUUGAGCAAACAUGUGGAGAUACAGUUUUGGAAACACUAAAAAAAGUUGAAAGAAAUAAGGUACUCAUGAUAUAUACAAAAGAUAAUAUAAUUGUACAGUGUUUUAUAUUUACAUAAAGUAUCAAUAAAGACUGCAGUUUGGCCUCCAAUUUGUUAUCAUAAUUAAUAAAAUCUCAGAGAAUGA